UGAGUUUAAGGUUGUAAAUAUGGGUAUUGCUAUUACAGAGUAAAUCAAGAAGUUAAUUGCGAAAAACGAGGGAGUUUGAAAAUUUGAAAUAUGGAAAGCCGAAAGAAAUGGGGUUUUUAAGAAAGAAAACCAAUAUGUUUUCUCUCUUUUAUGUACAAACAGCUCUUUGAUGAAUUGAAGUCGCGCUGUUCUUUACUUCUUUCUGGGCUUCAAUUGAAUUUAUUGACAAAGUUAGCUAGACUGAAUGGAGUGCAAUAGAGAUGAAGCUGAAAGGGCUAAACAAAUUGCGGAGAAGAAGUUUCUGGCAAAAGAUGUGGCGGGGGCUAAAAAAUUUGCAAGCAAGGCUUGGAGUCUGUAUCCCUGUAUUGAUGGGAUUUCCCAGUUGUUGGCAACAAUUGAUGUGUUUGUUUAUGCAGAUAACAAAAUUAAUGGGGAAAUAGAUUGGUAUGGGGUACUUGGUGUGAAUCCACUGGAUGACGAAGAUGUUAUAAGGAAGAAGUACAGGAAGCUGGUUCUCAUGCUCCAUCCUGAUAAAAACAAAGCAAAUGGAGCUAAUGAGGCAUUUCUUCUUGUAUCCCAGGCUUGGGAUUUGUUAUCUGAUAAAACGAGAAGGUCAGCUUACGACAGUCUCACUAGUCCUCACAGAUUCCAGCAUAAUGUUCAACCUCAGUGUAAUGGUUCAGCGACACCAGCAGCAGAGCAGAAUGGUUUUCACAGUUCUGCAGAAUGGUUUUCAGAUGUAAAAGUUCCAAACUGGAACAGUGGUCCUGUUCAUUCGGAUUUUCAUAAAAAGAAAACUGCUUCUCAUGAUUCUCCAAAACCACCUAAUUUUCACAGUUCUGGAGAAUGGUUUUCAGAUGUAAAAGUUCCAAACUGGAACAGUGGUUCUGUUCAUUCGGAUUUUCAUAAAAAGAAAACGGCUUCUCAUGAUCCUCCAAAACCACCUAAUGUUCCCCCGGCUUCUAAGAAAGAAAAAAGUGCAGUUCCCCCUUCAUCUCACAAACAAAAACCAGCUAAUGCCUCUGAUCCUCCAGCUCGUGAAUAUAAACCUAAAACAGUACCUCCCUCAUUCCAUAAACAUAAUCGACGUACUGCUCCUCCUGCUUCUUCCUACAAAGAGAAAACAUCCACCUUUCCUCCAUCUCCUAAGCAUAAAUCAAGUAAAAUGCCUGGCUCGUAUCAUGAACAGAAGCCACAAAAGGUUCCUGUCGCCCCUCAGAAACCAAACCACGGGCCUCAUCCACCUCAAGAGCGAAAAAACACUGCAAGUUGCUUGUCUACGUGUCAUGGAUGCAAGAAUCAAUAUUACUGUCCAAGAAUAUAUAUCAAUCAGGAUUUGCUCUGCCGUGAUUGCUUUAAUGAAGUCUUCCAUGGAAGAAAACCUUGUUAAAGCUUUGACAUCCAAAGACUCAAGGUUCUGGAAAUUCCUCAAAUGGGAUAGCCAAUUUGUGAUUUCGCACUCUUUUGUUACUGUUUAUUAAGAUUAACAGUAAGCUUUUGACAUUGCAAGACUUGGAUAAUCGGAUUAUCUUUCCUUUCAUGUUCUGUAUGAAUAUUGUUCAGUAUUAGCUCCUAGAUUGGAGAACUUUGUGAUUUAACUGUCUUACUGUUUAUCGAUCAAAUUAUUGUAAGAUAAAAAAUGCAUCUUUACAAGCUAAACAUGAUACACAG